AUGACAGCUUGCAGCCUUUCCCUACAUCUAGGCAGUGCGGAAAGCCGCAAAACUCUAGAACAAAAUUUUACCUUUUAACUCAGCACUCCUAAUCCCCACGGUAUCAACGAGCGCUUUUCAUUACGAAUAUAAUGUAACACAUUAUUAUUUCCUUUGGUUGCAAAUACUUUUUUUGCUUAAUUACAGAUUUUAUCACUGAUUGCAAAAGGAUAAAACUAAGAGAUGUUUGCGUCUGACUCGCAAUGAAAAGUCAUUCCUAAAUUAAAUUCAUUACUCAAAUAAGUAGUUGUGUCGCACACUAAUGUUUACUAACACACUUCCGUCCAUAUGCUGUGACGUUCAUGGAUUGACAGUAGGAAUGAAGUACCAAAAUAAUUGUUUCCAUUUAUUGAACGUUUUAAAUGCAUGGCACAACCAAGAUCUCCGCCAAAAACAAAUCGUAGUUUUUGUUACGCGAGGACCUUCCAAGCGAGCGUCUUUAAAAGGUAUUUGAAAUUCUCUAUCCAAAUGCUGAUUCUCCUUUUCAACUGAAAAAAUGAGGAUCAGCAAGUCCAAUAGGCUUGCUUUGUUUCAAAUCGAAAGGGAAAAUUAGAUAACGAAUGCCUUGGUGUUAGGCAAAAAGCGACUGAAUUAAUUAAUAACGUGACAAAAACAGAAAAUGUUUUGAUGGUGCAAAAGCUUGCAAAAUUCUGCUCCUCCCACUGUUUUCAUUUCUAGCUGAGUACGUAAAAACCUGUAAAGCUUUGUUAACGACAAAGUUGAACAUGAAUAUCUUGGUAUUGUUACGGGAAAAUUUAGUGAUUUUUCUGUGUGAUUGUUUGGAGCAUACUUUUUACUUUUCAAUAUUUUAGCCGUUCUCAAUUCAUUCGAGUUUCUUUUAAUGUAAUGUUUUAAAAAAGAUAAAAGCCAACAGUAAGUUCUUUCAACUUCUAACUUCUUCAUAUCGCUUUGUUCUUACUGCCUUUAUGCGCCUGAACAUCAAUCCUUCUGUGAUCUUAUUCUAAGUGGACAUUGUUAAGUCAACAGUCCUCGUAGCGACCUUUUCUGACAACUUCUCGAGGAAGUUGCUGUUGAAUCUAUGUAAAUUAGUUCUUUUCCUAAAAUUGAUUUUUCUCGUUGCCACUUGUUCAAACUUAACACCAACAUCGGAUAAAUAAUCAUUAAUUAUAAUUGACUUCUCACUUUUACUUGUUAAGAUAUAUAUUUUUAAAUUAAGUAUGCAAGAAAGCAUGUCGGUUGUCGACAUGAACUAAAAGUAAAGUUACUGUAGAAAUAAACGCUGUCUAAUUCUUGACGUCCGUAGCAAGUUUACUUGAAGCAGGUCUCUGCGCACCAGGAAACCGUGACGAGUUUCCGUUCCUGCUGCAAGUGGUUUCUCCCAAGCUAUUUUCCCUCAUUAUUGUCGCGUUCCCCGCAGAAAUGUUGGCAUCUGUGACCAAACAUUAAUUUUGAAUACUUAAAUGUACUUGGGGAUUGCCACGAGUAACAAUUAUUUUCUAAACCGUUUGAAAUCUCUAGCGAGUACUUUGUUUUUCUAGAUUGCUGAAGUUGACAAUGAUUCUUCUCAACUUCAUAGAAGUUAUAUUAAAGCUUAAUUACCAAUCCUUAAAAUGGAGGUUAAUCCAAGUUACAUGGGAGCAGUUGUCGUGCUAUGAAAAAAUGCCUAUUUGUUUUUUUUAUAAUCAUUUCUGGGCGGUUGCUGUUACGCUAAAUUAUCUCUCGUUGCAAUCACAGGUAACCCUAAAGAAAAAAAGGAGCACAGAAGUAUGAUGGCAAGAAAUAAUUUAACAGAAGGUGGAGUACAAAUGGAAACAUAUCAAGAACUGUUAUGUUCCCCCUCUUUAGCCGGCGGAUUACAACAGCAAUCAAUAUAUCUCGCAUUGGUAAAUGUAAUCCUUUCUCUCACUGCAAUUCUUGGUAACUUUCUAAUCCUUGUUGCCCUUCGUAAACAAUCUUCCCUCCAUCCGCCAUCCAAACUUUUGUAUCGCUGUCUGGCAACAACUGAUCUGUUGGUUGGUCUUGUUAUUCAGCCUCUCUAUACUAUUUAUUGGAUAUCCAUAGCUAACGAACACUGGAAUCUUUGUCGAUACACAAGGGACGCCGCCUACAUGACCGGCAAUGCAUUAUGUGGUGUAUCUUUGGGGACAAUGACGGCCAUAACCGUUGACAGACUUCUCGCCUUGUUGUUGGGGCUGAGAUACAAACAAACUGUCACUUUGAAGCGCACAAAUAUUAUUUUAGCUGCCAUAUGGGUUUUAUCUGGUGUCGCUGCUUUAUGCUACAUUUUAGAUUACCGUAUUAAUUUAUGGUAUGGAUAUAUCGGUGUUCCAUCUUGUUUAUUGAUAUCAAUGGUCUCGUACACAAAGAUAUUUCGCACCCUCAUUUAUCAUCAGGCACAAGUACAAGUUAAUGUUAAAUUGCAAUCGAGCCAACCAAAUUCACUGAACAUUUCGCAAUACAGAAAAGCGGUGUACAAUGCACUGUGGGUGCAGUUUGCAUUAGUUCUUUGUUAUAUACCAUUUACCGUAGUUGAAAUCGUGGUUGUGGAGGCUAAUAAAAGAACAUUUUCAUCACAUUUACUCGUCACCAGAGGAAUAGCAGCAACCUUACUUUUCUUCAACUCCACGUUAAAUCCAUUCCUUUACUGCUGGAAGAUUAGUGAAAUGAGACGAGCAGUGAAGCAGACAAUCAGACAAGCACUUUGCUGUCCAUGGAAUUAG